UUCAUCAGCUCAGCUAGCUGCUCUCCCUCUCUCUCUACAGGAUCUUUCCUUUUACCGCAACAGUUACUCUCUCUCUCUUUCUCUACUAAAGCAGCAGCAGCAGCAGGCCAGCAGCAGCUGAGCUUCGUCGCUGAGGCCACUGGACACUCCAAGGCCAUCAAUCCAUCCUUAGGCUACUACUCCACCAUCAUCCAUCCGUCUACUCCUAUACAGUAUAGGAGCUGCCUAUAUAGUGGAGUAGCUGGUGAGAGCAUUUCAUCACACUCGCAGCAGCAGAGUAAUUAAGGAGAGAGUACCGCUGAUCGAUCCAAGACAUAUAUGUUCUUCUUCCUGUCCCAACACUAGCUAGGGAGUCACUAUCUGAAGCCUCAAGAAGAGAGAGAUAUACAGCAAGAUAUAUAGCUAGCUAGUGGUGAUCGAAGAAGAGAAGACGCCAGAGAGCAAGAGGAAAUUAAGACCGAAGAAGAUGCUGGCCUGCAUCGCGUGCGUCAAAGAAGAAGGCGGUGGCCGCGAGGACGGCGGCGGCGAUACCCCGACCUGCAGGGACCCCGUCAAGUCGCUCACCUCCCAGCUGAAGGACAUGGUUCUGAAGCUGUCCGGCACGCACCGGCAGGGCGCACACCACAGGCGCGGCGGCUCGCCGCCCCCGAGGGGACGGGCCACCUCCCUCUACCGCAGCGGCUACUACCGGCCGGGCGUGGUGCAGGACGACAUGGCGGUGCCGCCGGCGACGUACCUGGGCGGCGGCGCAUCGAGCGCGAGCUCCACCCCUGCGUGGGACCUGGCAGGCCGCGCGGAGGGCGAGGCGAGGGAGUGGGUGGCGCAGGUCGAGCCGGGCGUGCAGAUCACCUUCGUCUCCCUCCCCGGCGGCGCCGGCAACGACCUCAAACGCAUCCGUUUCAGCCGUGAGAUGUACGACAAGUUGCAAGCGCAGAAGUGGUGGGGCGAGAACAACGAGCGGAUCAUGGAGCUCUACAACGUGCGGCGCCUCAGCCGGCAGGUGCUCCCCACCGCGCCGCGCUCCGACGACGGCGAGAGGGAAUCGUUUUACUCUCAAUCCCAGGUGGGCUCGGCGAUCGGGAGCCCGUCGCCGGCUCCCCUCACUCCGGACAGCAUCAGCUGGGGCGCUUUCGCGCGGCCGGCUCCCCAGCCCGGCGGUGGCGGCGCAGCGCGGCAGCACAGCUUCCGCCCGCUGUCGCCGCCGCCGCCGUCGUCGUCCAACCCUUCCGAGCGGGCCUGGCACCAGCAGCAGCGGCAGCAGCAACGCCAGAACGGAGCAGCCGGCAAGAGCCCCGCGGCCUCCGACGCCAGCGCCGGUGACGCCGCGAGGACGACCACCGCGUCGCGGGACGACGUGUCCAUCAGCAACGCCAGCGAGCUGGAGGUGACGGAGUGGAUCAUGCAGGACCAGCCCGGCGUGUACAUCACCGUCAGGGAGCUCGCCGACGGCAGCAGGGAGCUGCGGCGCGUCCGGUUCAGCCGCGAGAGGUUUGCAGAGCUGAAUGCAAAGCUGUGGUGGGAGGAGAACAAGGAGAGGAUACAGGCUCAAUACCUUUAGAAACAAAAUUGUUUGGUAAAUCUGAGCAAAUUUCAGUUCAAGUUGGUGUUUUUAUGCAACGGCUAGGGACAUAUAAUCUGGUACAAGUGCAUAUAGAGUUUAUGUUUCAGUUUGGAGAUGGGAAGGAUAGGGGUAUUGGAGCUGGGAAAGAUAGGGGGGAAUCAGGAAAGGAAAUGUUCGUGUUUAGGGCACCUGCCCAGGUAAUUCGUGAUUUGUGUAUCAUGUUUAGACAUCCAUCAGUAUGUCUAAUCGUCAUUUUCUAAGAUGCCAAACAUCUUAUGUCAGGGUAAGAAAGCGAGUUCUAUUUUUUUUUUGGGAGAACUGAAAGUGAGAAUUUGUUAGUCCCC